GCUCAUUCGUAGCCCAUACAAGAAUCCCUUGAAACUAUGGAGCCAACGAACGAGGCCCCCUGAAUGAGAGAUCAGUAUAACUACCGAUUUUCUCCCCUCUUUACACGCAUGGUGGAUGCAGAUUAUGCACUUGAGUUGCAUUUGCAACCCUUAGGUGUGAUCGAUAAAGUUUAUAUCCCAAUAAACUUCGAUAAUGCGCAUUGGGUAGUAGGAGUGUUAGAUUUGAAGGAGUGGAAGAUUACAGUUUACGACUCCUUACAGAGUUUCAUUGCUGACUCGGAGCUAUUUAGGCGAAAGAUGUUGGGAUAUACGUUGAUGAUACCACAUUUGCUAGCUGCGACAUCAUUUUGGUCUUACACGGGCCGAAGUCCACGAGACGAUCCAUUUGUAUCGCAUAGGGUGAUGGAUAUACUGCAGCAGACGCCCUUAUCAGGUGAUUGUGGUAUGUUCAUGUUACGACACAUCGAGUGUUUAGCACUUCGUCGAUCAUUAUCUUUUGAAGGGAGGACUCAGUACACUUGCGCACACGUUUAG